AUGUCUUCUUGUGAGCACACCAAUUUUAUCAUCGAUCACAUGGUUGACAAAUAUGUGAAACAAAAUUUUGAACGGUUUCUAAAAUCUCAAACUGAAAAAAUUAUGCAGCACCGUGAAGACAAUUUAGAUGUCACAGACAUAAAAAAUAUGGCAAUUGAAGCAAUUUUUGACAAUAAAGAAGAGGUUAAAUUGGCACUUAAGAAAAAAGCAGCCUCUAAAGCACACAGGAGAAAAUUCGAAGAUGAAACCGUGAUGAAGAAAAAUCCAAAUAUAUUAUUGAAGCAAGCCUUACUCACAGCUCAGUUGAAUGUUAUUGAUAAAAAACAAUUGAGAAAGUAA